AUGAAGCUCAGUGCCUUCAUUCCGUUCGCGGCUUUCCUAACGCUCACUGCAGCUGAGCGAAUGCCAUUGAACUUCCCACAGCAUGUACGGCCUCGGCAGUAUGCACCGCCACCGCCAUACUCUCCUCCUUACCCAAGUUCAAGCAUCACCGGCGGAAGUGCGUCGUCCACCUUCUCUAGCGGCACCGGCGUCUCGCUGUCCACUUGGACGCCGCCCAUCCCAACAUCAUCGUCAACUGCAAACUCUACAGCGCCAGGGCCCUCUACAGUCGUCCACACCAGUGUCGUUGUUAUCACAUCGGUUAUUGUCCCCCCGACCUCUGAAACUGUCUCUGGAGAUACGUCGACCGAAGCUACAGCGAGCAGCUGGGGCAGCAGCUCUUCUUCCAUGAGCAUCCCUCUUUCGACUGGGCCUCAGUCUUCCGGAACAGGGUACUACCCAACUUUGCCGCCACAUGAUUCUUCCGCACCUUAUGGCAACAGUACUGGUACAGCCUCAUCUACUUGGGGUACAGGCACCGCGCCAGGAUUUUCAAUGUCAUCUUCGACCUCCACCGCCAGUCGCAACUCGACUGGACCCAGAAGCUCAUACAUUCCACGCCCGUCGACAACUACAGAAAGCCCAAGCACCAACGUAAGUGUCAUCACGUCCAUAAUCACCUCUACUAUUGCCAUUACCACAUCCGUUCCAUACCCUUCCAAUGGUACUAUUACGGAGACGAACACUGGGCCCACGGCAACAUCCAGUGGAAAUGGAACUAUUUCUCAAACUCCGUCGUCUUCAGGCUACUACGGUCCACCUGGUAAUGCCACCAGCAGCAGCAAUCCCACUGAAACUGAUACUGUGUACUCGUCAACGAUCGACAUCUCCACAAUCUCCUGGAUCACCUAUACUUCCGAAGUUUCUUACAUUCAGUCGGAGACUCCGACGCCAACCACUGAUUAUUACACGUCAUCUUCAACCUCGGCUUCCACGACUUCCAGGAAGUCAAGAGUCACCCGGAGUCGUUCCUCCACACGCACUUGGUCCAGAACUCUCACCAUGUCCAGAUCCUCAACCACGGACGGCUCCUCAUAUACGCCCACUAGUUCCGAAGAGUCGUCGUCAGCUACUGAAACUGAAACCUCCUCAGAUUCUUCCUCGUUGGCCUCAUACACACCUUCGUACACGGCAUCUUCAACAUAUGAUACCAGCAGUGUACCUAGUGCUUCGGAGACUGAUUCUGCCACAUCCUCAUUGUCGCAUUCAUUGAGCAUUUCUUUCAGCUCAAUCGAGACGACUUCAUACUCUUCCACGCCCACGCCCACGCCAACCACGGAGAGCUAUUCGUACCGGUCAUCUUCAUUCAGCGAAUCGACCACUGACUCUGAGCUUGCUUCGUACACUGAGUCGGUAAUAUCAAGCACUAGCAACUUCCUCUUGCCUUCCGAGACGCCAUCGGAGUCGUUGACCAGUGAUUCUGGUACUGUCGAGACACCCAUCCCAACGCCGACACCCUCCGACAGCUCUUCUACUUCCGACUCUCCUGUCACAUCUGUUAGCUCGACCAGCUCUGAGACCUCCGAAGUAUAUAGCUCGUUCAUGUACAGCGAGACGGAGUACACCACCUUCCCCUCUUCCUCCACCGCCUCGGCAUCUUCCAGUAGCGAUUCCAGCUCUGAGACUGAGAUUUCCUCUAUUCCCUCAGCCUCCGAGAGCUCUUUAAGCUCAACUUAUACCGACGCCACCGCUACUUCCUUCCCGGUCGAGUCCUCAACUGCUCCUCCCAGCAGCUCCACCUCGGGCUAUUCCUACUGGACCCCACCCGUCAGCUCGGUCACCAACACGGAUGCUACCGCCUCCUCCUGGCCUGUGGAUUCUAGCACCUACCUCGCAAGCGCGACGAGCAGUCUCAUACUUACGACCUUUGAGACAAGUGCGAGCUCCACCAAGAGUGGCUAUGCAUUGCCGCCUAAGGUGACGUACGGAGCGCAGAGCGACAAAGUGAAGCGAGGCAUAAUGGGCAUGUGGUUCAUGUAA